UUUAAUUCAGUACUCAUUUUCGCUCGCUUCAAAGAAAUCCCAUCUUCAAUUUAACUCCAAAUUCCUUCGUUAUAUUUACCAAUGGCGCCAAAGGCCGAGAAGAAGCCCGCGGAGAAGAAGCCAGCGGCGGAGGAGAAGAAGGCCGAGAAAGCUCCGGCGGAGAAGAAGCCAAGAGCCGAGAAGAAGCUUCCCAAGGACGCCUCCGAUAAGAAAAAGAAGAGAGCCAAGAAGAGCAUUGAGACUUACAAGAUCUACAUCUUCAAAGUUCUCAAGCAAGUUCAUCCCGAUAUUGGAAUCUCCAGCAAAGCCAUGGGUAUUAUGAACAGUUUUAUCAACGACAUUUUCGAGAAGCUCGCUCAGGAAUCCUCAAAGCUCGCUCGCUACAACAAAAAGCCGACCAUCACCUCUCGGGAGAUCCAAACGGCUGUGCGCCUUGUUCUUCCUGGUGAGUUGGCUAAACACGCCGUCUCUGAGGGUACCAAGGCUGUUACCAAGUUUACUAGCUCUUAGAUUCACAGAUUAGGGUUUUCUUGUGUAAAAAGCGGCCUGAUUGUUCUGAAUCGUUGACUUAGCUUCCUUUUUGUUGCAUAUUUUGGAAUCAAUUGAAUGAAAAGUCGGUUUUUGUUA